AUGGCCGACGCUGACCCAAUGCCCCCUGACGAGAAUAGGGGUCCCGAGAUCCUCGCCAUCUGCGGGUCCCUGGUGGGAAUUGCCCUCGUCACAGUCGUGCUGAGGAUGUUUGUGAGGGUAAAAAUGAUCGGCCAUAUCGGUGCAGACGACUGGGCCAUCGUCGCUGCAAUGACGGUCAUGUUUGUGGAGAUGAUGAUCAUCAUCCCCCAAGUACACUACGGCGCGGGCCGCCAUGUGCAAUACAUCCACCCACCGUCCAACGUCGUCACGGGCCUCCAUCUCAACUUUGUCACACAGCCGUUAUGCUUGAUCGGCCUCUGCUUAACCAAGGUCAGCGUGGGCCUCUUUCUUCUGCGCCUCACGCCGUCACAGAAGUUCAGGUACUUUGUCAUUGGCACAAUCGUCUUCACCGUGCUCUCAAGCACUGGAAACUUCUUGACUGUCUUCUUCCAAUGCCGGCCCCUUGCCCUGACGUGGGACAGCUCGGUCCCCGGAGAAUGCAUCCCUCCAGCAAACCUCAAAUUCGCCGCCUUCUUCAACUCGAGCGUUGCCGUCCUGACCGAUGUUGUUUUCGCCCUUCUCCCCAUUCCCAUACUUUGGAACGUGCAGAUGAACUGGAGAGUCAAGUCUGCCGUGGCCGGCAUCCUGUCCCUGGGCGUCUUUGCCGCCGUCUCGGCCAUUGUCAAGAUCACCUUUCUCACCAACUACGGCAAGCACGGCGAUUUUCUAUGGGACAGCGCCGAUCUUACCAUCUGGUAUGUACCUUAA